CGGCACAAUCGACGCAACCGCAACAUAUCCUGCAACCGAAUGCCACGCCCACAAAGCCGAGCCGCCAGAAGGCGUCGCGUAAAUUUAAAUAACAAUUACUGCAGCUGCUGUUGCACUACAGCUGCCUGCCGCAACUGGCGACCAGGUCAGCAAAGAUGAGGCCAACCCUGCUCCGACUGACCCUGCAACUGGACAACGAAUCCGAGCCGGAACCCGUGCAUGUCUAAGCCUAAGUACAAAUCCAACUACAACAAUACCAACACAAUUUAAUACUAAGAAAAAAGUACAAAAUGCUGUAAAAAAUUGCUUCAAAGGGUUUAUGUAAAUUAUUUACCAAAAUGCGCCUUAGAUGAAACUAAUUUGCAAUAUCUUAGUCUAGGAAUUUUUAAUAUAAAUUAAAGUGCUUGCUGAAAAAAAACACACACUCACACACGUAGAGAGAGAGAGAUCUGGUCUCGACAACGAAUUUACUUAUACACAAUUUAAACAAAACACAAUUACACAAAACCAAAACUCCAUGUGCCACUUCUUCCCUGAAGAGCUCCUGACUUCCGCUGACAUUGAGGAUGGCAAAGUUGAGUUCGAUAAGGCGACCGGUGCGAGCACCAAGUACAAGCUGAUCGAGGGUGGCUACGAGAUGAUCAUCACGUCGCCCCAACCGAAUGGUACGGUCAAGACUCAGGUGAAAACUUUCUGGGAUCCAAAGCCCGUCAGCGAGGCUGAUAUGGCCAAGGAGCAGGCGAACAAGAAGAUCAUCAAGCAGCGUCUGGGCAAGGAGAUACGCAUCGAUUCGAAGACCACCAUGCUGACCCGAGCCAUCGAGGGUGGCUACGAGGAGGUCUACACCACCAUCAAUGACGAUGGUACGCGCAGCAUGCGCACCAAGACCUUCUUCGAUUCGGUGCCAACGGAAAUCAAUGAGAACACCAACACCGCUGUCAACAAGAUCAAGAAGAAUGUGACGCGCAAGUCAUCGGUGGACUCCACUGACUCCACGGAGUCAACCUCGCGUCGCAUGGUCCAGAAGGUGCAGAAGAACGUCAUCCAGAAUGUUAACGAUAAGCAGUCCAACUAUCGCGAGGACACCACCGUCGAGGAGACGCGUAGCGUUAGGCAGAACAUUGAGAUCACCGAGAAUAAUCGUACUGUGCGCAAGAAUUCACUCCAGGAGCAGAGCUCGAAGACUCAGAGCAUCACCGAUGGCGGCAAGAAGAAGAAGAAGCCAAAGUCAUCGGCACCUCCUCCACCAGCGGACUUUGUCCAAAACGACACCACCACUGUGUCAGCAAAGCGUGUGCCCGGUGGCAAUGAAUACACUUACUCGACGCAAUUGGAGUCGGGCAAGACGAUUACCACCUCGAAGACCGUCUACGAGGAGGAGGAAGUGGAGCUGACCGAGGAGGAGAUCAAGCAGUAUAAGAAGACACUGAAGGACGCGGAGAAGCACAAGAACGUGACCAGCACCAAGAAGCUCAAGUCUGAGUCUGGCACCAAGAAGAUCGUCCCAUCCGAGAAUCCCGGUGAUGUUACCACUGUUGAGACCAUCAAGAUCGAGGGAGGCACCGAAUACCACUAUACCACAGUGACCUCCGAGGGUAUUGUGAAGAAGGCAGUGAAGACUGUUUUCGACCCUGUGCCCAGCUCGAAUCCCGAUGAUACCGACGAGGAGGAGAUUAUCGAGGAGUACGAGGAGGAGAUUAUCGAGCCCGGGGAGAAGACCGUCAAGACCAUUGAGACUGUCAAGCAGUUGCCCCACAAGUUCGAAGAAGAAGUGACCAUCACCCAUGAGAAGAAGGAGAAGAAGGUAAAGAAGACCAUGGUCAUAAGCCAGUAAAGAGCUCUCGGCACAACCAACACACACACACACACUCACACAAAUAAAGAACAUACACUCUCACACACACACUCUGACACACGCUAGCUUUUGUAUUUGGCCUAGAAGAUUGGAUAUCAUGAGUACCCCUAAUACUGUGUAUUUCAGCGCCCAGUUCAAAUAGCUGCCGCUGGUGUUUGUACGCUUCUUGUAAGCUUUGUUCUAAAUUAUUUUGGCAGCUAUUUGUUGCCCUGAAGCGAAUUGAGAAAAUAUCAUUUGUAAAAUGUUUACACAACACUGAAAAUUGUAUUAAAAAUUAAAAAAAACUAUAAUUGUAUUCAAAUUAAUUAACACUAUAUUAAUAGCCCACUUUUGUUUAUCAAUAAAAUGUUUUGAGUUAACGAAA